GCGAGUUGUUCAGAAUUCCAAGACGGAAGAUGCAGCGGUCGGGGUCAUCCUCACCCGUGUCGACGAUUACAAUGUUUCGCUAUGUUUAUGAUCUUCAACAUCUGCUGGCGCAAUAUCUUCAUUUAUUCCUCGUGCCUAUGUACUGAUAUCGAUUUUUCUAAGCAAGAAGCAAGCUACUCCCGUGCGAGACAGGAAGUGCUCCGAGCUUGAGUCGUCCCACAUUGAAGAGGCCUGUGGUAAGAAUGUCAUCCCGAGCCAGCUGAAGGGAGUAUUGACUGCAGCCGUGUUAGAUGAGGAACUCAAUCAAAUCUCGGUCGAAAUGCAAAAGCGCGGCUUGAACGCGGACAGCCACAGCCCCGCUCCUGCCGAUUUCCAGGAGUGGUUAAUCAAACUCUCGGCUGCUAAUGUGCAGAAAGCUUGCUGCCCCGAGGCCAAGCGCACUUGUUGUUAAAGGAGCACGACAUCAUAGCUAGAGCUGUGAUGCGGAAGCAAAGCUUUGAACACACUCACUGUCUCCAGGAUGAUUUAAGUACAAUGAUUUAAUUAAGUACAUUUAGAUUUGGUAAGAAAGAUUAAAGAAAGGCUCAGAAAGAAAUAGAAAGAAAGACAGCAGAAAAAAGGGUAAAGACAGAGAAAGGAUGAAAGAAAGAAAGAAAGAAAGACACGCAAGUGGCACUCACAUGAUCGCAAUUAAUUUGUAUCCUCGGUCGUCAUAAGUACACAAAAGGGAUGGAUGUACAUGAACCCGCAUUGUUGAUAAUUUUCUGUGUAUAAUGAUCGAAUAUUAACGCUUUCAAAAGGUGGAUCCAUAUUUUGUGUUUUUAUUUAUUAUCAGCUCCGUUCGAGGAUGAGGAGCAAACUUCUGAAACUCCCUCAUUUACUAACAAGAUAGAAUCUAGAGGACACGACUAAGAAUUGCAAGCUUGAUCAAAGUGGAUGAUUCACGUUGAUCAGGAGUUUGUCUUUUCGAUUGUUGCUCGACCUAACACAGGACGAGCAGUUGUACUUGUAGCCGAAUAUGUUGCUUCUUCGUGGAUCUGGAUCAUACAUAAUAUUGGACAUAAGGAAUUACAACGAUUGUGAUUGAUAAAGAUAAAGAUUAAAAAGAGUAUAAGAUGAUGACCACAACAAGAUUUAAAAACAAGCACUCGGAUUAAUAAGAACAUAGGCCGUGAUCGCCAUCACAUUGCGCGUUUUGUUUUUGUGUAUGGUUCUGGUAUUUGGUCGCCUGAGUCUGAUCAUAAUAAUAUGAAAAAACAAGAGCUAGAGAGCGCCUGUGAUCGAAUUCAGAUUAUCAAAUAACGGCUGAUCUUGUGUUUUUACUACUUGUUGGACUUGUUUGUCGCUGAUCUGUGAGAGGGAUAUUUGUCAUCUGAGGUAGGGGCACCUCUGGUUUAUAGGAGCAUCCGACAAAAAAUGGAAUCAGUGCCAUUCGGUCCACGCUCUGAAUUACGAACAAGAAGAACAACAAGACAACCACCUCCACGACGACUUCUUCCGCAUCCGCGGGAACAGCGGAGGAGAACAAGGAAGAACAGGGUUGGGCAUUAGUUCGUCAUGUCAUCGCAACAACACCGUAUCCACGUGGUGCGCGUCCUUUGGCGAUUCAAUUUCUGACGAAACCAGGUCCUUACCACGAGAGAAGCUGACGUCCAACUUUUGAACGCAGCGUAUCUAAAGUCGUCGCCUUUAGUACGCACGCAAGCAUCUCAGCGUAUUACAGUUCUGCCGUUGUUUGAGUUGGGCACUGCAGAAGGAAUGGCUUUCGCAGAAAUAAUCCAAGCAGAUGUUUGUAUGCGAGUAGAGAUGUGGAAGGAAAGCGGCGCUAGCGAGUCAGGAGACAGUGGACGAGAAGAGUUUUCUAAAGAUGCUGAUGGAGAUGGCAAUAAUACUAGAAGAUUCUCAACUUCUGCAUAUACUUUGCGGAGUUACAAAAGCUUUUGUGCUCUGCUACAGUUGAAAGACGGUUCUUGAAACCGGCUUCCGCGGUGAGCCGUACUCGUAUCUGAUAAGGUUAGGCACGGAUGUGAGCAUAAUUGUUGUAGCCUUAUACUCCUGAAAAGGUUGUUUCAAUUUGCGUCUUCCACCUCGAGUAUCCAAAUUUUUCGAAAUAUUCCGAGACGGACGGGAUAAUUCCAGAUCUCAUUCUCAAGAAUGUACAAAACCAAACAACCCAAUUUAUGGACCGAUUCUUGUGACUCUUGAUGCAGCUCACAUUUCCUGUUACAAGUCUGUUUUUGAUUUUGUUCUCGUCUCCACCUCAAGAUUCUUCCUUGAACAAGCUGUGAUGAUAGUCUCGUGUACAAUGAAAUUGUAAUGGAAGAUUACCAACAGAGAAC